UGAAUAUCGUAUUGUAUUAAUGUGAAAUCUAUGUGAUUCUGGAACGCCAUCUUCAGAAGGUCUUUGAAAUUACUUCUAUAGCAACUUUAUUUUGUUGUUUGGAUCGGAUAGUAACUACUGUCGACAUGACUGUCCAUUCAAAGUUAAUGGGUUCCUCUGGUGAAUAUUUCAAUACUUUUGGCAAUGAUGAUGAUGCUGGAUGUUACCAGGAGUCACAAUAUGAUAAAUUAUCACAAGAAACGAAAAUUUCGACUAAAAGCCAUAAAGUUCAUAGAAACCAUCAUAAUCCUGCUUUUGAUUUGGCAGUUAGAACAAUAACACGUCUUUCAAACCAAAAACAUUUUGAACUCAUGCCGGAAUACCAUCGCGAAAAUGUUAUGACAAGUGCCGAAAGGAAAACACGGGUCAUUCAACCGAGGAGAAUUUUAAACAAUAAAAAAAGUAGAAAUACAUCAAAGUGUUUAACAUACGUGUACGACCAAUUCUCGCUAGAAAUACUUACUCAUCCUUUGGAAACGCACCAACAGCGCUCAUAUUCAUUCGCAAAUUGGUCUAAACCCGAACGAUGGCCAUUAGAACUUGUAAAUGCUGGCUUUUUUUCCUUAGGAGAUGAUUUAAAGUUACAAUGUUCAUAUUGUGGAAUCAAUACCGAUGUAAGGGAUUGGAAGGCUACUGACAAAGCUCUUGAUAAACAUGCAGAACUUAAUCCACAUUGUCACUUUCUUAAAGAUACAGGCUAUUUUUUCAAAUCACGUAUAAACGAGGAUAAGAAUUCGAAAGAUAAAAUUCACAUGGACAAUCCAGAUUUGACCGUUGAAUAUGAUACAAAUAGGCCGCCAUAUUGUAUAAAAGAAAACUUGGAACACAAUGAUUCCUUACAUCCACCAAAAGGAAUAGUUUUUAAAUAUCCACAGUAUGCUUUUUUGGAAGUUCGAUUGAAGACAUAUGACAAAUGGAAAUUUGAAGAAAAACAGAUUCCUAGGAAUCUAUCAGAAAGUGGAUAUUUCUAUACGGGGGAGGGUGAUAUUGUACGUUGUUUCUGUUGUGACUUGGGAUUGGCUGAAUGGGAUGUUUCGGAUGAUCCAUGGACGGAACAUUCCCGACACAGCCCAAAAUGCUGGUUUCUUCUUAACGAAAAGGGGAAAGACUUUGUAGAAAAGAUCCAGGCGGAUUGGCGUAAGAUAUAUAAUCCUAAACAUGCAGCGUAUGACGACAAACUAUCUAGAAUGGCUACCUUCGAAGGAGUUUGGCGUAGUGAUAUUGAACAAACAUCAGAGAUGCUGUCUGAUGCCGGCUUCUUUUAUGAAGGAAUACAAGCUGAAUGUACUGAGAAGAUAGUAACUACUGUCGACAUGACUGUCCAUUCAAAGUUAAUGGGUUCCUCUGGUGAAUAUUUCAAUACUUUUGGCAAUGAUGAUGAUGCUGGAUGUUACCAGGAGUCACAAUAUGAUAAAUUAUCACAAGAAACGAAAAUUUCGACUAAAAGCCAUAAAGUUCAUAGAAACCAUCAUAAUCCUGCUUUUGAUUUGGCAGUUAGAACAAUAACACGUCUUUCAAACCAAAAACAUUUUGAACUCAUGCCGGAAUACCAUCGCGAAAAUGUUAUGACAAGUGCCGAAAGGAAAACACGGGUCAUUCAACCGAGGAGAAUUUUAAACAAUAAAAAAAGUAGAAAUACAUCAAAGUGUUUAACAUACGUGUACGACCAAUUCUCGCUAGAAAUACUUACUCAUCCUUUGGAAACGCACCAACAGCGCUCAUAUUCAUUCGCAAAUUGGUCUAAACCCGAACGAUGGCCAUUAGAACUUGUAAAUGCUGGCUUUUUUUCCUUAGGAGAUGAUUUAAAGUUACAAUGUUCAUAUUGUGGAAUCAAUACCGAUGUAAGGGAUUGGAAGGCUACUGACAAAGCUCUUGAUAAACAUGCAGAACUUAAUCCACAUUGUCACUUUCUUAAAGAUACAGGCUAUUUUUUCAAAUCACGUAUAAACGAGGAUAAGAAUUCGAAAGAUAAAAUUCACAUGGACAAUCCAGAUUUGACCGUUGAAUAUGAUACAAAUAGGCCGCCAUAUUGUAUAAAAGAAAACUUGGAACACAAUGAUUCCUUACAUCCACCAAAAGGAAUAGUUUUUAAAUAUCCACAGUAUGCUUUUUUGGAAGUUCGAUUGAAGACAUAUGACAAAUGGAAAUUUGAAGAAAAACAGAUUCCUAGGAAUCUAUCAGAAAGUGGAUAUUUCUAUACGGGGGAGGGUGAUAUUGUACGUUGUUUCUGUUGUGACUUGGGAUUGGCUGAAUGGGAUGUUUCGGAUGAUCCAUGGACGGAACAUUCCCGACACAGCCCAAAAUGCUGGUUUCUUCUUAACGAAAAGGGGAAAGACUUUGUAGAAAAGAUCCAGGCGGAUUGGCGUAAGAUAUAUAAUCCUAAACAUGCAGCGUAUGACGACAAACUAUCUAGAAUGGCUACCUUCGAAGGAGUUUGGCGUAGUGAUAUUGAACAAACAUCAGAGAUGCUGUCUGAUGCCGGCUUCUUUUAUGAAGGCGAAGAAGACACAGUACGCUGUCAUUAUUGUGAUGGAGGACUACGUAAUUGGGAACCAGGCGACGUCCCAUGGGAGGAGCAUGCACGAUGGUUUCCAUUCUGUAAAUUUGUUAUAAAAAUGAAAGGGCGAGAGUUUAUAGACGAAAUUAAAGCUAAAUAUGAAACUUCCGCUCAAACAGAAACACAGGAACCCACAACUGAAACUUCUAUUCGAAACGGAGCGAUUGUCAAAUCUAUGCUUGAUAUGGGAUUUCAAAUGAAGGAUAUGAUAUAUGCAGCUAAUGAGUAUACAAAACACGAAGGAAACAUACAUUACAAUACAGAAGACUUGUGUAGAAUCUUAAUUGAAAAACAAGAAACAGAAAAGCUAAACUUACAGUUUGGAGAAUUGUCAAUUGAUGAAAAUCAAAACGAAGAAGAUCCAGUGAAGGUCAGGGAAGUCAACAAAGAACUGAAGAAAAAUAUGAUGUGUAUUAGAUGUGAAAGAACUACCAGGUCAAUACUAUUUGUGGAGUGUGGACACAGAGUAACUUGUGAAACAUGUGCUUACGAUGUGGAUUUCUGUCCAUACUGCGACGUAAAAAUCAAAACAAGAUUGAAAACCUAUCUUUCAUAGCAUAAGAUAAUUAUUGUUUUUUAUAUAAGGUUUAAUAAAUUUAUAUCGGUUGUUAAAUGGUCACACAAACUAAGAAAUCCUGUCGGAUUUGUUAAACACCUGCAAAAUAAAUUCAUUAUAUAUGUGACUUCAUCAUAUAGUUGUACAAUUCAUAAACCAUGAUUGUAAAUUAAAAACAAGCAUAUCAUAUUUAUACAUUUUUUAUUAAAAAUGUAAAACUUAUAGAGAAAAUAAUUGAUGAACUGUAAUUUGAAA